AUGUGGAUGGAGCCUGAUGAACUUCCAGAAAGUUUGAGUUUUUUAACAUUUAAUGCAGGCCUACUUGAAUACCGUUUAUGUGGUAUUAAAUUAUAUCAGAACCCUCCUUAUACAGCCCAUAGAUUGUUACAGAUACCAUCAGCGAUUAGGAAUAUUAAUGCUGAUAUAGUUGCUUUACAAGAAGUUUUUGAUUCUAAACACUCAGAUUAUUUAAUUGAGUCACUUUUACCUAUGUACCCAUUUUAUGCCCGUGAAACCAAGCAUAAUAGAAAUAAGUCUAGAGGAAUACUUAGGUGGCGACCACUAUCUAUUAUUCAAAAUAAAUUGGCACUACACAAUGGCCUUUUGGUACUAAGUAAAUAUCCAAUUUUACAUGCAAAGUUUACCUGCUUCAAUGAUGUGACACUUAUUGAAAAGUGGCUUGUGAAUAAAGGAAUGUUGGAAGUUUCAAUUGAUUUACCAGGUAUGAAAAACUCACCUUUGACACUUUUUAAUAUUCAUAUGGCUAGUGGUGCUGUUAAUCCUGAAUCAGAAAUUAUUGAACAUUUAAGAAACAAAGAAAUUGAACAACUACUAGAUGCAUGUGAUCGUGCUAUUCGAAGAGGUGAAAUACCUAUGAUAAUUGGAGAUCUUAAUGCUGCACCUACUUGUUGUGGUAGUAAUUAUCAGUGUUUCACUGAUAGAGGUUGGAGAGACUGUUUUAAUGUAAUAGAUAAAGAAAGUCACUUCCCUACAAAGAGUCAUCCACAUUAUGUCGUGUCAUUUAAUUCAGAUAAUAGCACUAUCAGAGACUCUAGUACUUUGUUAAAUAAUGACUUAUAUGAUGACAUAGAAAAAGACAAUAAUGCUAAUACUAAUACUAAUGAAGGAAUUGGGAACUCUAAAAAUAAUAUAAAACACUCAAAUAGUGAUUAUGGGAAUUAUAUAAAAUUAGAUAUUGAUUUAACACCAGUAGUAACACAAGAUGCCUCUAGUCCUUCAAUAUUACAGGAGGAAACAAAUGAUGUAGCAGUUGUAAACAAACUUGUAUCAUCAUUUGCAGUUGCAAGGGCUGCUGUUGAGGCUGCAAAGAGAGGCUUUACAACAUCUUGUUCACCGAAUUCAUCUAAUAUUGAAGUUGUCUCUGCAACACCCAAUGUAGGAGUAGAUGGUGAUGAUUCAUUUGUAAAUUCACCUGACUCAUAUUCUGUACAACCAUACAUUUUAAACAGUAAUAAGCACAAUUUAGAGGCUACUGAGCCAAGUGACUUCACAUGGGAUCCAAAUAAUCCAUUGAAUACGAUUGGACCCCACAGCAGUUGUCAUGGGCAAAGAUGUGAUCACAUCUUUUUACCCCCUAUACAUUUUGCGAAGCUAUUCUCAUUAUAUAAACCUUAUAGAUCACGAAUUAUACUGAAAGAACCUAGAGUCCUAGUUGAUGGAUGGUGUUUUGGAUGUGUAGGAUCUAAUGUGCUGGUUACACUUAGCGAUCAUUAUGGUUUUUAUGUGGAACUCAAAAAAAUAAAAUCUCUAUAG